AAUAAAUGUUCAAAAAAUAUUUGUGGAAUAUUUUUUAAACAAAAACAUGCUAUCCAAGCUUUUAUCUCUUGACUAUUUUAAACAAAUGCUUUAUUUGAUAAGAAUGUAAUUAAACGUAUUACACGAUAAUAAUACAAUUUUAAUAAAUAUUGGGCAUUAAAUUGGAGACAUCUUUGGCAAUUUAUGUUUAUUUCAAUGGAGCACGUGUAACGUUUAUAUUAAGAGUUAAUUAUUUCCUACUUAAACAAAAUAUUGUAUGCUAUUUAUUUAGAAAUUACGAAUAUUAAGCAAUUGGCAAAAGCAAUAAGUUAAUGUGCGGAAGUAAAAUGCGGAAACUGUUGUUAUUUUACAUAUAAAAGGAGGAACGAUCUCAAUGGCUACACCAUUUCAUUUGUUGUUAUAGGCUCAUAAGUAACUUGCUCCAAUUUGAUAUUAUUUAAUACCGAUCAUGUUGCGACAACUGUUAGUUAUUUUCACAUGGACGAGUCUCGUUCUCACAAUAUCUGCUUCGGCGAUCAUAAGAAAUUCUGACGAAUCAUACGAUAUGACUCCGGACGAAGAAACAGGAGCAAGAGUAGCGCAAUGGAACAAAGAAAUGAAUGUGAAUCCUGAAGAAAUGGGCAGCUACAUUGAGGGAGACAUCAUGCUCACAAGAAACACCAAAAGAAGCGGAAUAAUUGCUGAAGAUCUUUUUUGGCCUAAUGCCAGAAUACCUUACGAAAUUCAUGGAAACUUUGAUGCUUCUCAAAGGCAGCUUAUACGUGAUGCGAUGAAACAAUAUGCAGACAACACAUGUAUUAGGUUUGUACAGAGAACCGAUGAAAAUGAUUAUGUCAACAUCUACAGCAAUGAUACUGGAUGCUGGAGCAAUGUUGGCAGGAUUGGCGGUCCGCAAACAGUAAACUUACAGAUUCCCGGUUGUGUAACGCUAUUAGGUACCGUAGUACACGAGUUAAUGCACAGUGCUGGUUGUUGGCACGAGCACACCAGAGAUGAUCGAGAUAAAUAUGUGAUUAUAAAUGAGAAUAAUAUUCAACCAAAGGCCAAAAACAAUUUCAUUAAGGAUGAUUCGAAUUCCAAUGAUUAUUAUGGUGUCGAUUAUGAUUACAAUAGCGUAAUGCACUAUUCACGAACAGCUUUUGCCAUAGAUCCCGACCAAGAUACGAUUACUCCGACAGAUUCAAACGCUUCAAUUGGCCAGAGAGAUGGAUUUAGCAAAGAAAACAUUAAAAUGCUCAACAAUAUGUAUUGCAACUAGGGUAAUAAAAAUGCAAAUUAAAAAAUAAUGCAUUAUUUAUUAAUUUUUUAAUAAGUAAUUAUUUCUUUACUCAUCAA